AUGGCUCUUGAUAAAAAAAAACAAAUUCGUGGUGUUCGCAUUUUAUUAACUGUUUUCUAUGGUUUUCUAUUAUCGAGUAUAUUAUUUCGAUAUGUUAUUCAUGGUAUUAUUGAAACAAUUCGACGACCAACAAAUCCCUAUGCCAUUGCAACGAUCGCUAUUGGUGGUUUAGUUCUUAUUUCAAUUUUUUUGGCUACUUAUGCAACAUGGUUUGAUAAUGCAGUAAUAUUGAUGGUUUCAGGUGUUGUGCUUACUUUUGUAUUCGGUUUAACAUUGAUCUUUGGUAUAAUACGUAUUGUUAAAACAGCACCUACUCGUCUAGUAACAACAACGAGAGCUUCUAAUGUUUUGAUAAAUCCCGAUGACUCAGUUAACCCCGCCGCAGUAACAUCAACAAAUGAUGAUAAAGCCUAUGUUGAUAAUUAUGCUUUGAUUGAAGAUAUAACUAAAUUGGUUAUUGAAUUGGUUUUUAUACUUUUUGCUAUACUUGCUACAUUUACUUUAAUGCGAUAUAUUAAAUCAAAAUAUGCUGCUGUACCAACACAAGAACGAGCACGAAAAUGA